ACCUCCAAGCCGUAGCACUGGUUACUCUUCAAUGAAACGCAACCGCUGCUGCGUUGUACCGUUUUUAUUGCUCGCAAAUGCCCAGGGCUUUGGAACCAAGUUGACGCCGUUGAAUCACUACGGUUCCGUGACAGGAUACCAUCAGUGCUGCAGCAACAGCCGGCAAAGCAACACCGUCGUUUCCUGUCAGCGUGCGGAAGGGAGUGCGGAAAGGGACAACCGUAUAGACGCUAAUCCGGAGGCGUUGCAGCAAUGGUUGUCGAGCGUGGGAGGAGCUGUUGGCCCUGUUGGUUUGGAGGAAACGCCUCAUUUUGGGUGGGGGUUAAAGGCGGAGCGAGAUAUCGAGCUCGGGGAGAAGCUGGCGACAAUCCCCAGAUGCAUGUGCAUUGGCAGCACCGCCGCCGUGCAAGGCGAAGAGGGCGCAGACGAUAGCAACGGUGUCCCCGAGGAGGACAAAUCUUGGAUGGGACCGCCCGAAUUGCAGGCUCUUGUCGAGAAGGUCCCUCCCACGUACCCGGACCUUAGGCUUGGUCUUAUUCUUUUGCACGAGCGUUACAAGAUGGGCUCCUCCUCCAAGUGGGAGCCGUACAUUUCGAACCUUCCGAAGCGCUUCAAGGGCGUCCCCCUGGCGUCCUUUGGCGCCGUCGAAAUGAGAGGCAUGCAAGACGUCGCGCUUGCCAGGAAGAUCGAUCAAAGGCAAGUCUCGCGGUGUAAAUUUAUGAUGGAUUUCAUCAAGCGUGUGCUGGACCCCUUGACCCCGGGGCCGGGCUCUCCGUUCGGGGAGCACCGAGUGGGCUUCGGCGAUCUGGCCUGGGCAACCGCCGCAGUCAGCAGCAGGGCGUUCACCCAUUUGGACGGCGGGGGGGGGGGGUUG